AUGUCAGAGCAGGUACAAGAUCAUUUCCUGAGUAGCACACCUGUCAAUGUGGCAGUAGAAGCUUUGCAGCGUCAAGUCGAUCAAUUGAAGCGCAUCGUUCACAAAUCAGAUGAUCAACCCAUUCAACAUGACAACACUGAAGAGCUACAGCAAGAGAUCAAAAAGUUGCGCACAGAAAACGCCAAAGCAGAAUAUCGCAUCAAGAUGUUGUUACGCACAUUGGAAGAAAAAGACAAAUAA